AAAAGCACGAAGUCGGAUACAAAACUGCUUAGUGGGCUACAAAGCGAUACAAUGGGCAGAAAGCAUUUGCAAUCUAUCAGCCUUUACAAGGUAGCAUCUAACUGGACAGCAUCUGGACUCCUAAGUUUUCCUAACAGUUCUACUUCUGAUUCUCCAUCUUUUCGUGCUGUCAUCUUUCUCUAGGUCUUUGAAAACUGUCAGUCCAUCUUACUGUAUCUAUAAUAUCUGUCCCUUUUCUCCCUUCUUGUCUCUGUCCCUCUCCCUUCUUGUCUGCCUCGUGAGUCUGGAUAUCUGCAUUUCUUGUCUCUGUGAACCCAUUCUGCGUUUCUUUGUGUCUCUUUCAUCUGCAUCCCUUUCUGAUCUGCCUCUCUCUUGCUAACUGUUCUGACACCCGUUUGCCCGGUCCUAACCCUCUGAUCCACUCAGCCCUCUUAUAACUUGGACCCGUGUUUCUAUGUUUGUUCACUUAUUUUCACUGUCUCUCCUCGCGUCGAGUCUCCGGCCCUCCCAGUCUGUGGGUCUGUCUCUCUCUUCCUCCCGCCUGUCCUUCGUCUCUCCUUGCCCUUGAGUCUCUGGUCUCUCUGUCUCUGUCUUUCCUCGCUGUUUCUAUCGAUCGGCAUCUAUCUGCCCCAGUACCACUCCCCACCUCCUCAUCCCACGUGUCCCAUUGCAUUUCCAACGCCCGCCACGUCUCUGGCUUGCCCAGGCGGUGUCGGGUCGGGUCCCCAGGUUACCAUGGAGACGUUCAGGGCCCGCCCCUCGCGCAUGAUCACAGAGGAACGUCAUCGCGCCGCGCGCGCCCGUGCACACGAAGGACCCUACCGAGUACACCUCCCGGAAAGCAUCGGGCCAAGCCUUUCUCCAUUUUGCGGCCUAGGAAGUAGCAGAGGCCCCCUUCCUGCAGGGAGUUGCCAUGGAGACGCGGUGGGGCGCCGACGGCGUUCCAAUGACGGCCGUGAUUGGUGCAGGACGCUGCUAAUCUCAGGAAGGCCCGUAGAGAAUUGAGGAAAACGUGGUGGGGGGCAUGCGCGAUCUGGAAGGCGGUACUGCAGUCUGUUGUCCCCGAGAGGCUGCACAUGUCGACGCACGGAUUCGAGGCGGGGAGCAUGGGAAGAAGCGGCCAGGAGCGUGACCUGAUGAUUGCGACCACCGCUAGGGGACGGGAGGAGAGGGUGUAGAAACGGAGGCGAGGGUGGGGGAAGGGCAAGGAGGCGCGCGAGCUGGUGCGCGGAGCAUCCUGGGAGACGUAGUCCAGCGGGUGGGGAAGUCGAAGACUGCGCGUGCUCAGGAGCGCGGAGCAGCUCGCUGAGCGCCGAGGUCAAGGCAAGAGGAUCAUCUGCUUGAGCCCAGGAGUUCAAGAACAGCCUGGCCAACAUAGGGCAGACACUGGCCUCAGAUACCUGACCUGGUACCCUCUAUGAGGCCUGCGGUGCUGGGCUCCCCAGACCGAGCACCCCCAGAAGAUGAGGGGCCUGUCAUGGUGAAGCUAGAGGACUCUGAGGAGGAGGGUGAGGCUGCCCUAUGGGACCCAGGCCCUGAAGCUGCACGCCUGCGUUUCCGGUGCUUCCGCUAUGAGGAGGCCACAGGGCCCCAAGAGGCCCUGGCCCAGCUCCGAGAGCUGUGUCGCCAGUGGCUCCGUCCAGAGGUACGCUCCAAGGAGCAAAUGCUGGAGCUGUUGGUGCUGGAGCAGUUCCUGGGCGCACUGCCCCCUGAGAUCCAGGCCCGUAUGCAGGGGAAGCGGCCAGGCAGCCCCGAGGAGGCUGCCGCCCUAGUAGAUGGGCUGCGCCGGGAGCCGGGCGAACCCCGGAGAUGGGUCACAGUCCAGGUGCAGGGCCAGGAGGUCCUAUCAGAGAAGAUGGAGCCCUCCAGUUUCCAGCCCCUACCUCAAACUGAACCUCCAACUCCAGAGCCUGUGACCAAGACACCUCCUAGGACUGUGCAGGAAGCACCACUGGGCCUGCAGGUGAAAGAGGGGCCAGAGGUUACAGAGGACUCAGAUUUCCUGGAGUCUGGGCCUCUAGCUGCCACCCAGGAGUCUGUACCCACUCUCCUGUCUGAGGAGGCCCAGGGAUGUGGGACAGUGCUGGACCAGGACUUUCUCCACAGUAAGACUGGGCCUGAGGGUCCCCCAUGGAGGAAGCACCCCAGGGCCCUGUGGCAUGAGGAAGCUGGGGACAUCUUCUCCCCAGGGUUUGCGCUGCAGCUGAACAGCGUCCCCGCAGGUCCAGAUAGUGUAAGCCCUCACCUCCACGUCCCCUGGGACCUCGGCAUGGCUGGCCUUUCGGGCCAGAUCCAAUCACCCUCCCGCGAAGGUGGCUUUGCGCAUGCGCUUGUGCUCCCCAGCGAUCUGAAGAGCGAGCAGGACCCCACGGACGAGGAUCCCUGCCGUGGUGUGGGCCCUGCUCUGGUCAGCACCCGCUGGCGCUCCCCCAGGGGCCGGAGCCGGGGCCGCCCCAGCACUGGGGGUGGGGUGGUUAGGGGCGGCCGUUGCGAUGUGUGUGGUAAGGUGUUCAGCCAACGCAGCAACCUGCUGAGGCACCAGAAGAUACACACGGGUGAGCGACCAUUCGUGUGCAGCGAGUGCGGCCGCAGCUUCAGCCGCAGCUCGCACCUGCUGCGCCACCAGCUUACGCACACCGAGGAGCGGCCGUUCGUGUGCGGCGACUGUGGCCAGGGGUUCGUGCGCAGCGCGCGCCUGGAAGAGCAUCGGAGAGUGCACACGGGCGAACAGCCUUUCCGUUGCUCUGAGUGCGGCCAGAGCUUCCGGCAGCGCUCCAACUUGCUGCAGCACCAGCGGAUCCACGGCGAUCCUCCCGGCCCUGGCGCUAAGCCCUCGGCCCCUCCUGGUGCGCCCGAGCCUCCCGGCCCCUUUCCGUGCAGCGAGUGCCGCGAGAGCUUCGCGCGGCGCUCCGUGCUACUGGAGCACCAGGCGGUACACACAGGCGAUAAGUCCUUUGGCUGCGUUGAGUGCGGCGAGCGCUUCGGCCGCCGCUCAGUGCUGCUGCAGCACCGGCGCGUGCACAGUGGCGAGCGGCCGUUCGCCUGUGCCGAGUGCGGCCAGAGCUUCCGGCAGCGCUCCAACCUCACGCAGCACAGGCGCAUCCACACCGGGGAGCGACCCUUCGCCUGUGCCGAGUGUGGCAAGGCCUUCCGCCAGCGGCCCACGCUCACGCAGCACCUCCGCGUACACACAGGCGAGAAACCCUUUGCCUGCCCCGAGUGUGGCCAGCGCUUCAGCCAGCGCCUCAAGCUCACGCGUCAUCAGAGGACACACACGGGCGAGAAGCCCUACCACUGCGGCGAGUGCGGCCUGGGCUUCACGCAGGUCUCGCGGCUCACAGAGCACCAGCGCAUCCACACGGGCGAACGGCCCUUCGCCUGCCCCGAGUGCGGCCAGAGCUUUCGGCAGCACGCCAACCUCACCCAACACCGGCGCAUCCACACGGGUGAACGGCCCUAUGCAUGCCCUGAGUGUGGCAAGGCCUUCCGCCAGCGGCCCACGCUCACGCAGCAUCUGCGCACCCACCGACGAGAGAAGCCCUUCGCCUGCCAGGAUUGUGGCCGCCGCUUCCACCAGAGCACCAAGCUCAUUCAGCACCAGCGAAUCCACAGCGCCGAGUAGUUCCAGUCGGGACGCAGUCUCCGCCGUGGUCAGAACACCUAUCUCACCUGGUUGUUGUAAGGCUGGCGAUUACAUAAGUAUAAGCAGGUCCGCCCAGGGCUUGGCCACUGUAGGUGUCCAAUAAACAGUAGAUGGAAACUGGGUCUCCA